GUGUGUCCCAGAUGCCUGUGGCUGAGGGCAAGAGUGUCCAGCAGACGGUAGAGCUCCUCACCCGGAAACUGGAGAUGCUGGGGGCAGAGAAGCAGGGAACGUUCUGUGUAGACUGUGAGACUUACCAUACAGCUGCCUCCACUCUGGGCAGCCAAGGUUCUCUCCAAGAAGGAGGAAAAGGUCCGUAUGUAUCUGAUUCAAUAGAGAAAGGAAGAAGGCAAAAAAUGGAAAGCAAGUUUCCCGUACAGCUGCCCUGACUCCAGGUGUUUUGUAAUAAGUUCCUGCUGCUGUGGGACUUGGCCUUCGUUGUCCUCAUCAGUGAAAGGGGGAUGGUAAUGCUGGUUUUGCUUCACCUGGUGUGCAGAUAAGAAAGAGCUUUAUUGUGACUUUUCUGUUUUGUGGUUUUUUGAGACAGAGUCUUCUGUGUAGUUCAGACUGGCCCUUGAACUCACUGUGGAGCCCAGGCUUGCCUCGCACUUGGCAGCGAUCCUCCUGCCUCAGCCUCCCUAAUGUUGGACUUACAGGCCUGCAACACUAUCCCUGGCUGUUGUGAUUAGAAAAAAAUAUCUCAAAAUUGGAAGUGUCUUAUUCAUUGAAAAAGUCACCUUAGUUGCUUUUAAAAUAGUUCCAGGACCAUAACACCACUUGCAGACCCACACAGUGUGGAUUAAGCAUGUGAUUACAGGAAGUGACCUGAGGACAAAAUGACAAAUCAGUUUGAGGGACUUGCGUGUGUGUGUGUGUGUGUGUGUGUGUGUGUGUGUGUGUGUGUGUGUACUGGGGAUCAAACUUGGGACCUUGUGCUUGCAAGGCAGGUGGCGGAACCAUUGAGCUAUGCACUUGCACAGCAGGGGGCACAACCACUGAGCUAAAUCCCUGGCCCCUGACGGACUUUUUUUAAGGAUUGUUUUGAACUGGUUCCAGAGCAGGGAAAGGCUGUGGGCUGGCAGCUGGUAGGCAGGAGAGAUGGGCUGCAGGCUGUCUGCAGAGCCUGCUGCAUUCAGGAGGUGGCAGCAGAGCUGAGGUCUCAGUCCAGGGAAUUCCCACGGCCCCUACUGGGGCCCAGGCCUGCUGUCCUCUCCCCUUUCCCUUGCCACCAUCUUCUCUCUGCCCAGAGUGUUGUCCUGCUCCAUGUGGCCAAAUCCUUCCUCUCUUAGCAUCUCCCUUCAAGGGCUUUUUCCCUGCUGCCUUUGCCCACUUUAGUCUCCUCCUAUCCUACAGUCUUUCUUGCCUUUCAGAAGACUUCAAGUCUUCCCCAGCUGAUCACUUGUUUUAUUUUGUGGUGUUUUGAUCUUUCCGAAUGUUUUUCACUGCUCUCCCUCAUGAGAUUGUCAGGUUUUUAAGUCUGGGGGCCAAGUUCUCUCCUGGGAUGUUUUUGAAGCCUAGCACAGCGUUGGGAGGUUUAAUAAUGUACUGAUCACUUGGGAUGCGGCAGUCUGUUCAUUACUGCUUGUAUUUAUAACAUAAAUCUUGCUUUCUACUUUUUACCUUCUUUCUUUUUGGAACCAAAUGCAUAUAGCCUUCCUUUCUUCUUGUAGAAAACCCGUGGGAAGGAAUGAAUGAAUGAAACUCCUUUCUCAGAGACUGGAAAGGCUGAGCUGCAGCUUGGAACUGGUCUUCCUAGCUCAGAUCUUCAGUUCUCUUUUUUUUUUUGGUACCAGGAAUCAAAUUUGGGUCCUUGCGCUUGCAAGGCAGGCUGCGGAACCACUGAGCUAAAUCCCUGGCUCUAGAUCUUCAGUUCUCUCUGCUGUUGUGUGCUGCUUGUUUCCCAAGUCCACUGGACUUGUUAAAAUACUCCAGCACCGCCCCCUGCCCCCCACCUUUGGAUGAGGCCCCAACUUCCAGAGGGCUAGCACACCAGACUUAACACAAGUUGGCACAGCCUGGCUUUCCAGCUUCAUGCUCACAUUCUCCACUUUCCUGCUGCUCCAGGACUUUUUCUUAGAUGUCUAAGCGGAAGAGCUCAAGGUAGGAAGGGAUUGAAGUGACAGCUGCCUCACUGACCUGCCCAAAUGCUAUUAUUUUACUUAUCAGAUCACAUAUGAUAAUAUACACAAAUGUGUGCUAGCAGUCAUCAGAAUUAAGCGUCCGUCUGCAAGCUCACCACAUAGCUUGACAGUGAAGCAGUCAUCAACCUUCUCAGUUCCAGGUCAGGCUGGGAAGCUGAUGUAUGUGAUGCACAAUUCCGAGUACCCACUGAGCUGCUUCGCCCUCUUUGAGAAUGGCCCAUGCCUCACCGCUGACACCAACUUCGAUGUGCUCAUGGUGAAGCUCAAGGGUUUCUUCCAGAGCGCCAAGGCCAGCAAGAUCGAGACUCGGGGCACCCGCUACCAGUACUGUGACUUCCUGGUGAAGGUGGGCACAGUCACAAUGGGGCCCAGUGCUCGGGGCAUCUCCGUGGAGGUGGAGUACGGCCCCUGUGUGGUGGCUAGUGACUGCUGGAGCCUGCUGCUGGAGUUCCUGCAGAGCUUUCUGGGCAGCCACACACCGGGGGCUCCUACGGUGUUUGGGAACAGACACGACGCCGUCUAUGGCCCAGCAGACACCAUGGUCCAGUACAUGGAGCUCUUCAACAAGAUCCGAAAGCAGCAGCAGGUGCCAGUGGCUGGGAUUCGGUAGUGGCUGGCAGAUGCCAGCUGGACCACACCAGGGCCCUGCACAGGAGGAGCUGGGGCUGCACCUCAAGGCCCUGGACCCCAGGACCAGAGAAACAUGGGUUUCCUCUUCCUCUGCUCCCCAGCUUGGCUGUGUUCCGGGCUCUGCACCCCUUUCCUUGCCCUUGGCCCUCCCCCUAGGCCUCCAGUAGCUGCUGUACGGGAUUUGGCCUGUCCUGAAGAACAGGAAUUAGGAAGCAUGGAGACCUUGGACUUCUGCUGCUUUAGGGGAAAGGUAGAACAGGGCUUCCCUGCCUAGCUUCCGAGGAGAAUAGUGUGUACCCCAGCAGUGAGGGUUCAGUCUGGGCCCAGGGGCUGUCCUGUGCUCCGCUCCCCUCUGCAUGUGGGCUGUGCUAUGCUGAGCCCCUCCUGGAGGCAGAUGGUGGUACAGCUGACAGGGUGGCUCUGGGUUUGUGACCUGUUGGCCAUAGUGGUUUGGGGGAACUGACUUUGGUUGUGGAUUAUGUGAAGCCACAAGCUAAAUUAUUGUAACGGAAUCAAAAGGACAUGGCCUCUCACUAGACAGAAGUUUAGCUUCCCUUGUUGACAGUGCCGAGGUCAGCAAGAGGCCAAGGUAGAUUUAAUUUCACAAGGUCAUCCAGCACUUGGUUUCCUUAUUCUUUUUUUUUGGUACUGGUAUUGAACUCAGGACCUUGUGCUUUCGGGGCAGGUGCAGUGCCACUGAGCUAAAUCCCAGCGGUUUCCUUAUUCUUGUUCAACCACCCCAGUGUGUUAUCCUACUACCCACAAGGCCAGAGCAGACUUACAAGCUCCAUAUCCACAUUCUACUGGGGAAACAAAAGCUCACUCUCUCUCCCCUCUCCUCCUUUCUCUUGGGCUAGAGAUUGAACCCAGGGCCUUUCCAUUGAGCUACAUCCCCAUCCCUUUUUAGAAUUCUUUGAGACAUGGUCUUGCUAAACUGCUGAGUUGCCCAGGCUGUGUUUGAGAUUAUGACCCUCAUUUCUCAGCCUC